AUGUCCUACUCAGACGGUAGGGCAUCGUCCAGCCGUGGUUCAGGGAAUAGUAAAAACUCGAACGGUCGAACACAAGUAACUCCUAUUCAUAUCCACCAAUCUCAUGUACCCUCGAUGCCUUCUUUACUGCAGGUGAAAUCAAAGUUUGAUUCUGAAUGGCGGAGGUUCUCUUUGACACCCAGCAGUCCGGAAGUGUAUUCUUAUGAUAGUUUUCGAGGUCUCGUAGAGAAACUACACCAUUUGGAAAAUGUACCUUUCACACUUUGCUACAAUGCAGCUUGUGGCGAUCUGCUACCUAUCACCAAUGAUGAGAACUUGCGCAAAUCGUUCGAAUCGGCUCGGCCAAUAUUGCGCUUGCUAAUCCAGCGAAAAGGUGAAUCUUGGGAAGAGAAGUACGGAUAUGGCACAGACAGUGACAGAAAAAGGAAAGGCUUGUCUGCUUUGAUUCCGGUUCAAAAGGUUCCGAAGAGAAAUUAUUCGAUCUCAAAUCCAGAAGAUUUCCGUCAGGUUUCUGCGAUUAUCGAUGUCGACAUAGUCCCGGAAGCACAUCGUCGAGUGCGAUUGUGCAAACAUGGCUCGGACAGACCUCUCGGAUUUUAUAUUAGAGAUGGGACUUCAGUUCGAGUCACCGAACGUGGUGUGGCAAAAGUCCAAGGCAUUUUCAUUUCUCGUCUUGUUGAUGGAGGUUUGGCUGAGUCCACCGGGCUUCUGGGAGUUAACGAUGAGGUACUUGAGGUGAAUGGAAUUUACGUGCAAGGCAAAACCCUUGACCAAGUCACAGACAUGAUGGUAGCGAAUGCACAUAAUCUUAUUAUUACGGUGAAACCAGCUAAUCAGCGUAAUACGCUUCAACGCAGCACGUCAGGACGGACGCCAGCCCCUGUCUUAGAUCCGGACACUGAGUCAGAUGGCGGAACUGACAACUCACGAUGA